AUGUGUAAAGGAUUAGCUGCGCUGCCACAGACAUGCAUUGAAAGAGCCAAGGGGAUCAAGUCCAAACUGGGCGUGCUGCUGCAUAAGCCCGACAAUGGCAUCGACCUGAUCAUUCCGUACCCGGAGAAGAGCGAGAAGAAACCGGAGAAAGUCCAAAAGCCGACCCCAGAGGAGGCGGCCCAGUGGCGUGAGAGUCUGGACCUGGUCCUCAACCACAGCUAUGGUCUGUCUGCGUUCCGUAGUUUCCUGCAGUCUGAGUUCAGUGAUGAGAACAUUGAGUUUUGGGUGGCAUGUGAGGACUUCAAGAAAACAAAGAACCCCGUCAAAAUGGCAGCUAAAGCCAAGAAGAUUUAUGAAGACUUCAUCCAGAGCGAGGGACCCAGAGAGGUGAACAUUGACCACUUCACUAAAGACGUGACCCUGAGGAACCUGGUGGAGCUCUCCCCCUCCACCUUCGACGUGGCCCAGAAGAGGAUCUAUGCCCUGAUGGAGAAAGACUCCUUCAGCCGCUUCCUCCGCUCUGACUUCUACCAAGACCUGACCAACUAA